UCGAGCAGUGCUUCCAAGCAUCCGAUUUUGAUCGGCUGGGGCUGAUCGCUGCCUGGCUGGCAAGCUGCCUGCCAGUUCUCGAUCCAAAUUCUUGUUCAGCUUCGUCAGGCUUCGUCAGUUCAACCUGGGUAGCAGGUUGUACUCUGACACCCAGUCGACCCGAAAUCAAUCCCCAAUCCAUAUCCUCCCCUCUCACCAAACCCUUCCCCCGGCGAGCAAUACCGGCGGCGAUCCAAGAUGCCGGCGACGGCGGGGCGCGUCCGCAUGCCCGCGAACAACCGCGUGCACAGCAGCGCGGCGCUGCAGACGCACGGCAUCUGGCAGAGCGCCAUCGGCUACGACCCCUACGCGCCCGAGAACAACAAGCAGCAGCCCGGCCGCCCUUCCUCCUCCGUCUCCGCCAACGCCGCCGCCGCCGCCGCCAACGAUGCCAACGCCGCAGCCGCUGCCGCCGCCGCCUCCGGAUCCGGGUCCGGCGACGGCAACGCCUACACCAGCUUCCAGGGCCUCCUCGCUCUCGCGCGCAUCACCGGCUCCAACUCCGACGAGACACGCGGUGCCUGCAAGAAGUGCGGCCGCGUCGGCCACCUCACUUUCCAGUGCCGCAAUUUCCUCUCCGUCAAGAACCUCGACCUGGACGACGCCGACGCCCAGGCCGCCGCCCAGGCGGCUGCGCAGGCCAAGUUCGAGGAGAUCAAGAAGAAGGCUGCUGCAGGCGGGAAUGCAGACGAGGUUUCCGAUGAGGAGGAAGAGGAGGACGAGGAUAGCGAUUCCUCUGAUUCCGACAUCGACCCUGAGCUGGAGAAGAUAAUUGCUGAGCGCGAGCGUGCGAGGAAUGGGGGAAGGAGGUCCAGGGAGGAAGAGAAGAAGUCAAGUCACCGCCAUAGGAGCAGCAGCAGCAAGAGAAGAUCAAGGCACACCAAAAGCAGGAAGAGCUAUGAUAGUGAGGAUGAAGAGGAGGAAGGCAGAAGAGGUAGGGACAGGAAGAGGACCAGCAGAUCGAAGAAGCAUGAAAGAUCAGAUGAGGAUAGCAGCGAUGAUAGUGAGUCUGAUAGGAAAAGGCACAGGAAGAGCAGGAAGGACAGGAAGAGGCUUAGGAGCCACUGCAGGAGUGAUGCCUCCUCCGAUGAGGAGGAUGUAUCUGGAAGUGAAGAAAGGAGGCGCCAACGCCACCGCAAGCAGCGCCAUCACCGGAGGGAAGCGUCUGAUGGUGACAAUGGUGGUAGUGAGUCUGCAGAUGACAAGAAAUCCAGCAGGCGGAGGAGGCACCGCAGGUCAGAAAGCAGUGGGUCGGAUGAGGAUGAGUGACGUAAUCAUCGGGCAGCAAAGCGAUCUGGGGAGAAGAGCAGGGACCGCAGGAGGAGCUAAAGAGGAGCAUUGAAUUGGACUCCAGGCUUUCCAAAGUCGAAUGGUGAUUGCUAUGUGGUUGAUGUAUAUUUGUUGAGCUGCUGACUGAGAGUAAUUCCAAGCUCUAGAGCAACUCUAUUUCUGUUGUGCUAGGAAUACUCCAUCAUACCUGCGCUUCCUGCUAUGGGUUUUGCCCAAGGUCCGAUACUUUGAGAUAUGCUUUGAUGACUAGGAUUGGAGCAGCGCUACACCAGCUGGUAUGGAGUGUUGAGUACCUCCCAAGCCUCUAGCGAAUCAAAGCGUAUAUGAAUUUUUUGUUACAGAGAAUGUUGUCAUUCUCCUCCAUACAAAAGAAAAACAGCAGAUGACCUUGCUGAGUGUGUGUGUUCAUGAAUGCCACACAAGCGCAUCGAAGCCAUCCUGAUUUUAUCUUGCACUAUAUCCCCUUGCCGAAGGGAUCAGCACCACCAUUUACCUUAUGGUAGUGCCAAGUUGUUGCCUGACACUCUGACUGGAGUUUUACAUAUCGAUCAAGGCGGUGCCGGGCUUUAAGUCGGCGAGGAUGACGUCGUCGGCGACUCUAGGGGUCUCGAAGAAAUUCCAGCGGAUGGUGAAGGGGCCCUUGCCUUGCUGUCCAGCGUCCAGGUGCCGGGCGGCGACUGCUUGAGCGGCGUAAAGUCGCUGGCGUCCUUGGGCCUGUUCGCUUCAGUUUAUAAGCCGGCUGAAAAGCCGAAACGGCUGAUUUGUUGUGAGAGGAGAAAACUGUUUGGUGGCUGAUAAGUCGGCUGAAUAAGCUGAAGCGAACAGGCCAAGCUUCUCCUUGAUCUCCAACUUGGUGAGUCCGCUUUUGUUGGGGACGAUGACCAUGUGGGUGGCGUCGCUGCCCUCGCCGACCGUGAAGGUGAGGCUUGGGGUAUCGCACGAGCCGACGGCCGAAAGUGCCGCCAACGCGGCUGUGGCGAGCAGGAAGGAGGGCGAGGAGGCCGUUGCCAAGCUAUAGCAAGUUGGUUCGCGUAACCUUGCUUGUUUUUUGUUUGAUUGAUCGUGGGAUGGGUGGAUGUGUGAUCGAUGUUGCAGCUGGAUACGUAUUUAUGGGCAGCGGACAGUGGCGGAGCUAGAGUAAAUUGGAGGAGGUGUACUUACCUUGUGGGUGUAUAGAAUUUAAUCAUUGGAGGUGCAUAUAUAAUGAAAAAUUAAACAUAUUCACUGUUUUUUUUAUUUUUUAGGGUGCGUUAGCACCUCU